CACGGCCGCGGGGCGGGGCGUGCUGCUUUCCGCGCGCCGGUUCCGGCCUCAAGGCGAGGGCGGGUGUUCUCGGGCGUCAGUGAGCUGCGGUGCUUGGGCGCAUCAUGGCUGCAGCCGCGUGGAUGCCUACGGUUUCUCGGUUGCUAGGUGCUUUCAAAAACCAAAAACAGGUGACCAGAAGUUUUGUUAGUGCUACACAAACAGUGACUUUAAUACCAGGAGAUGGCAUAGGACCUGAGAUUUCUGCUGCAGUCAUGAAGAUCUUUGAUGCUGCUAAAGCUCCUAUUCAGUGGGAAGAAAGGAAUGUUACAGCUAUCCAAGGACCAGGGGGAAAGUGGAUGAUACCUCCAGAAGCCAAAGAAUCCAUGGAUAAAAACAAAAUGGGAUUAAAAGGGCCUUUGAAGACCCCCAUUGCUGCAGGGCACCCAUCAAUGAACCUGCUUCUGCGUAAGACAUUUGACCUUUAUGCAAACGUGCGUCCCUGUGUCUCCAUUGAGGGGUACAAGACCCCAUACACAGAUGUAAACAUCGUCACCAUUCGGGAGAACACAGAAGGCGAAUACAGCGGCAUUGAGCAUGUGAUUGUUGAUGGUGUUGUGCAAAGUAUCAAGCUGAUCACAGAAGAAGCUAGUAAGCGUAUUGCAGAAUUUGCUUUUGAGUAUGCCAGAAAUAAUCAGAGAAGCCACGUUACUGCUGUGCACAAGGCAAAUAUUAUGAGAAUGUCUGAUGGGCUUUUCUUGAGAAAAUGCAGGGAGGCAGCAGAAAACUGUAAAGAUAUUAAAUUUAAUGAAAUGUAUCUUGAUACUGUGUGUCUGAAUAUGGUUCAAGAUCCAUCACAAUUUGAUGUUCUUGUUAUGCCCAACUUGUACGGUGACAUCCUCAGUGACUUGUGUGCUGGACUGAUUGGGGGACUUGGAGUAACACCAAGUGGAAAUAUUGGUGCAAAUGGAGUGGCAAUUUUUGAAUCAGUUCAUGGAACUGCACCAGACAUUGCAGGAAAAGACAUGGCAAAUCCAACUGCCCUUCUUCUGAGUGCUGUAAUGAUGUUGCGUCACGUGGGGAUGCACAAGUAUGCCACAAAAAUUGAGACAGCCUGCUUUGAGACAAUUAAAGAUGGAAAGGUUUUGACAAAAGACUUGGGAGGUAAUUCCAAGUGUUCAGAGUUCACAGAGGAGAUCUGCCGCAGAGUACGGGACACAGAUUAAACUUCUCUCCUGCUACUCGCAGUGGCUCAGAACGGACGCAUCACACAAAGUACCUUCUAUGUAACCUGAUACCCGUAUGCAUAUGGUUUGCUUGUCUCUUAAGAGAGCACAAACUUUCCUUAGGGCCUCUCCAUUAAUAAAUUUAAUCCAAAUGGCUACAGAUGAUGCUUGUGCCUGCUUUCAGUGGAUUUUUUAAGUGCUUUGUCUUAUUUAUUUAUUUUUUCAAUCUGGUGAACAUUUUUAUGUAAGUGAAUUCAUUUAUUGCCACUGUAACUGUCUACCAUUUCCCAUUUCAACCAGAGGUUUUUACUUUCCACAAAGAAAAGUUAUGCAAAUAAACCAGUAACAGAAUCUGUGAAACAUGAAAUCACCUAAUGGUUAAAACCUACUACACUGAUCUUACUGUAAUAUGAAAGAUAGGUUUUUCAGCCUAACAAUAGCACAAGAUGACCAUCAUGAACAGAAACGGGUAUAAAAUAAUUUAAAAUAGCAAUUUCAUGUUAAAAUCAAUUCAAAUAACCACUUAGAUACUCUGGUGAUUCAUGG